AUGAAGGUGCCUGCAGCUGUCCUGCUGCUCCUGUCUCUGCUGUUGUUCGGGGAGCCAGCCAAGGUUCAUCGGAGUGCCCUCACACGGCCAGGCAGAGGGCUGGCUCAAAUCGAGGAGGAAGAAGAGGAUGAGGACAUCGGAGCGGAGGAGGAUUACGAGGAUGAGGACUAUGACGAUGAGGAGGAGAACUUGGUCCCCGGUGCAGGAGACAGAGCCCACUUGCAAUGCUAUUUCUGUGAGAAGCUAUACGACGGGCAGCGCUGUGACAAGCUGCAGAGCUGCGGUCCCAGUCAGUCCGUUUGCAAGACCUUAGUCUCCCACAGAGAGACGGGGUCUGGUUUCCAGACCACCCUCUCGACGUGGUGUACGGACUCCUGUCACCCUGUCACCAGGACUUUGGAAGGGACCCGGGUGACCGUGUCCUGCUGCGAAUUGACUCUGUGCAACCUCCCACCCUGGCAGAGUCCAGGCAUCCGCGACCUGCCGGGCAGCGCGGCUGGAGGCCAGCAGAGGACCAGGGCUGGCGGCACAGCUGGAGGCCAGCCGAGGAGCAGGGGUGGGGGCACAGCUGGAGGCCCGCGGGGCAGCGCGGCUGGAGGUGCCAAAGGCAGCCCCUCACCUAUGGGCACAGCCCUUCUGCUGACCCUCCUGGCCUGCCUGCCUGCAGGAGGGUCCUGA